UUCACUUCACCAUUGCAGAAUCCGAAAAAGCAAGGAGAGCAUUCAAAAGGCCAUUUCAAGGCUUUGCAUUUUCCUUCUUUUUUAGGGUUUCCUCUACUGUUCUCCUCCCAAAUUCCUUCCAUGGAGAUCGUCAGAAGACCAUCGCAUGCUGGUUCCUGGUACACUGACAACCCGAAAAAAUUAGAUGAAGAACUUGAAAGAUGGCUCAGAGAAUCUGGGCUGACUAAAUCUCCUGACGUACGAGGUGUUAUUGCUCCGCAUGCUGGGUAUUCCUAUUCUGGUCGUGCUGCUGCCUAUGCAUUUGGGAACAUUGAUCCCACAAACAUUUCUCGGGUGUUCCUUCUUGGUCCAUCUCACCACUAUUACACCCCAAAGUGUGCUCUUUCCGUGGCUUCAGUUUACAAGACUCCCAUAGGGGACCUGCCAAUUGAUUUGGAAGUGAUUGAAGAGCUAAAGGCCACGGGAAAAUUUGAACUAAUGGAUAUUCGUGUCGAUGAGGCUGAACAUAGCAUGGAAAUGCAUUUGCCGUAUCUUGCCAAAGUUUUUGAGGGGCACCCUGUUAAAGUUGUACCCAUUUUGGUAGGUGCCGUUAGUGCUGAAAAUGAAGCUAUGUACGGACGGUUGCUUGCAAAAUACGUGGAUGAUCCCAAAAACUUCUACUCUGUAUCAUCGGAUUUUUGUCAUUGGGGAUCUCGAUUCAACUACAUGCACUAUGACAAGAAACAUGGGCCAAUAUACAAAUCUAUUGAGGCUUUGGACAAGAUGGGCAUGGAUAUAAUUGAAACUGGAGAUCCAGAUGCUUUCAAGAAGUAUCUUUUGGAGUAUGACAAUACCAUCUGUGGACGCCACCCAAUUAGUGUUUUUCUCCAUAUGCUGCGGAAUUGCUCAACAAAUAUAAAGAUCAAUUUUCUCCGAUAUGAGCAGUCAAGUGAAUGCAGAAGCAUGAGGGACAGCAGCGUAAGCUAUGCAUCAGCGGCCGCAAAAACGGAGGCCUAAAGAUGUAAAUUAAACUACUGCAGCAUAUGAUUCUGCCCCAGAAACGUUCACCAAUUCAAUACUCAAUUGAAUCUGACUGUCAUAUUUAUGUGAACGCAUUUGAAAGGACUAUUUUGUGUU